CCGCGCGCAGUCGGCGCCGCCAAUCCGCGUCCCGGAAGGAGCGAGCCUGCGGCGCAGGAGCGAGUGAGUGAAAGGGGCGCCGCCCGCCGGCCGCUGGCGCGGCUGAUGCCGGGCGUUCUUCACCUCCUCUCUUUAGGGUCCCAGGAAGAAAGCGGGCGAGCUUCGUGCAGCCGGGCUGCGCUUCCUUGCGCGUCUGUUCCCCAAGUAGGGCCUCCCAUCCCCCGUCGCCCGCGCACCUGCGUGGGCCCGGCGCGCGGUCUCCGCGGGUCGGCCCUGCAGCGGCGCCCACACUCGGUGUAGCAUCCCUGCCCCUGUCCCCGGCCCCUGCCCGGUCGUCCCGCCGCCGGAGCGGUGACCGCCUGGCCCGCCGUUCCUCCGCUGCCACCGCUGCCGGCACCAUGGGCAGCGAGCAGAGCUCCGAGGUCGAGAGCCGACCCAACGAUCUGAACUCCUCAGUGACCCCUUCUCCAGCAAAGCAUAGAGCCAAGAUGGAUGAUAUUGUGGUUGUAGCUCCAGGCUCCCAGCCCUCACGGAACGUCAGCAACGAUCCCGAUGUCAUCAAGUUGCAAGAGAUUCCAACCUUCCAGCCGCUUUUGAAAGGGCUAUUGAGUGGCCAGACUUCCCCAACAAAUACCAAAUUGGAGAAAUUGGAUUCUCAGCAGGUGUUACAGCUCUGCCUUCGAUAUCAGGAUCAUCUUCAUCAGUGCGCAGAGGCCGUUGCCUUUGAUCAGAAUGCUUUGGUUAAACGAAUCAAAGAGGUUACAGAUCUCUUCUCCCGAGCUGCUUUCAGGAUUUCCUGUUUGUCUCUGAGACUGAUGGAUUUGUCUGUAGAAACUCUCUUCAGCUUCAUGCAAGAGCGCCAGAAAAGAUACGCCAAAUACGCGGAGCAGAUCCAGAAAGUCAACGAGAUGUCGGCCAUCCUCCGCCGCAUACAGAUGGGCAUUGACCAGACUGUGCCCCUGAUGGAGCGGCUCAACGGCAUGCUGCCGGAGAGCGAAAGGUUGGAGCCCUUCAGCAUGAAACCAGAGCGAGAGCUCAAGCUCUAGAGCCGCCUCUCCCCUCCGGCCGGGCUGCUGUUCUGUGGGAGCAGAGCCUGGCACCGCCAAUGCCCUGAGGACGUUUGGAACCAAAGUCCCGGGAGGUGACUGGAUCGUGAAGCUGUUUGGAGGCUCUGGGACUCCCGGAAGGGCUGUGAAGCGGCCCGGCUGGCCUGCAAGUCUGAUCCUGCCCCGCCUGUCCCCUUGCCUUGAUGCAUUUUUCCCUUUGCAAAACGAACCAAACUAAUUCUCGGUGCUAACCGAAGUUGGAGCAUUUGAAUUAUUAGGAAUUUAUUACAGAACUGUGUUGGGAAUUCUUUUUAUUUUGUUUAGAUUUUUUUUUUUUUAAUCGAGAGUGUAUAUUGUCAAGUCUAGCUUGCAGAGUGAAACUACAGAGAGAAGGGGAGAAAUGUUUUAAGAAGCUCUGUGUCCUCGAUGCCUUUGUGAAAUUUUACUCAGUAGGCUUUCCACGUUAUGAAUUGUAAACAUAAAGAGCUAAUUUAA